AUGAUGUUCCUUCUGUAUUGGCUGAACAGGUUUAUUUGGCCCAACCGCUCUUUUGCAUUUCUGCUUGAGUACAGACAUCUGGCAGAAGCUUUGCACAAUCACAUUGAUAUUGGCCUCGGGCCUACAGUUCUGGCUCAUCUAUUCAAGAACCUGCAUACUGCCACCCUGGAGAAUCCACUGAAUCUGUUUGCUCCUGUUCUGCCUGAGGAUCAGGUUCUGGCUCAGCUAUUGAUGUCGGCAGAAGUGCCCAAGCGUUCUAUUGAAGAGUACCUGAUGUUCUUCAGGCACUGGACGAAAAGAUCAGCAGCUCAGUGA